AAUGAUUGUUGAAAGAGAAUUAAAAAGAAAAUAUCAAAGCAAAGUAAGAAACCCAAAAGCUACCUAAAAAUCCAAAACAGGAAGGGCACCGCGCAAUCAAUCUCUCUCUGAUGUCCUCUCUCACAAAUCCCUAAUUCAAUUCCACCUAAAAUAUGUAUUGGUUCUUCAAGUCUCUCCAAUCCGACGAUCCAGAUUCUUCAUCUUCUUCUCCAUCAUCUUCACACCCACAUGAUAGCCCCACGAUUCGUGGCGGAGGAGUUAAACAGGACUUUUCCGUCAUCGGGGAGUCCGUUGGCCGCCAAUUGCGUGGCGUCGCCAACUUUCUGGCUCCGCCUCCGUCACCGCCGUCGUCCUCUUCUCUAGAUAAGUCACUGCCAUCGGAUGAUUCUUCUUCUCUAUCGUCACAGUCGCAAGCUCUCCUUGGGAUCCGAAAUGAUCUUGCUGAAAUAGGAGGUAGCUUAAGGAGUGGUCUGUCUUUACUCUCCAGCAAUAAAGCUGUUAGCGAGAUCUCCAAAUUUACCUCCAGCUUUUUGCAAUUCCAAAGUGAUAAUAAUGAGGAAAAAGAUGAAGAUGAUUAUGUGCCGGGGAUUACAGAGGACGUUAUUGGUUUUGUUCAGGAGAUUUCUAUGAGACCUGAAUGCUGGACUGAUUUUCCAUUGUCACUAGAAAAUGAUUUUAAAAUGUCUGAUGCUCAGAGAGAACAUGCUUCAACUGUUGAGCAAAUGGUUCCUGGUCUUACAGCUCUUAGAGCUAACAUUCAUAGUUAUAUGGAGGAUGAACAAUUUUGGAUGAUAUAUUUUAUAUUGUUACUGCCAAGACUGAAUGAACAUGACUUUGAGAUUCUAUCAACUCCCCAGAUAGUUGAAACAAGAAGCGUACUUCUGCGGCAGCUACAGAACAAGAGAAAUGUGAAGGUGGAGAGCUCUGAGAAUUCUGCUACACAUAAUACAUCACAAGAGGGCAUCUCAGUCCGCGAGAGAGAAGAAGAGAAUAUCUCAUCUAGGGAAAAGGAGGUCACUGACAUUGCAAAUGCAACUGGAAGGUUAGAAAUUGACAAUUACGAGAAUGCGGAUCAAUGGUUGAAAGAGACACAGAUUGAUACUGGCACAAUCCUGGAUAGACAGAAAAGGCUGGAACAUGAAAUUGAAGAGGAUGUGUCCUUCAGUGAUUUGGAGGAUGAUGAUAAUGGUCUAUCAAGUAGACUAUCCGGUUCUAGGCAAGCACAGGACAUUAUCAGGGCUCCUUCACCCACUGAUUGGGUCCAGCUGAAUGAAAGUUCUGGUGCUGGGGGUGGUCCGCAAAAAGCAAGGCAGUCUAUUUCCCGUGAAAAGGAUUCUGAUGGUGAGUCCAAUGAUUGGCUUAAAGUUGAUGAUUUUGAUUAGGGAAUCCAGCGACUUUUUAUUACCGAUUCAUUGUAAAGUUUUCUCCUUUUUUUUUUUUCAACGUUUGGUUCCUGUAUUUAUGGAAUUCAACCUGUUAAUAAACAUGUUUAAACUGAGAAUUCUGUCUUCAUGAAGUCACUCUUACUGAAUGAUUAUAUGUCGGAGUUCGCAUGCACGCGUAAGAGGCAUUCUUGAAUUGUCAGAACUCAGAAGUUAAAAACAGAUGUUGCAAACUUAUAAGCUCGAGUAAGAGGAAGUCUCUCUCAA